AUGGAGGGCACGAGGUCAAGGCGAACUAGCCGCGCGUGUGUACCUUGUCGGCGCAAAAAGGUCAAAUGUCCAGGGGAACAGCCGGUGUGCUCCUUCUGUCGGAGGCUCGGACAGGUCUGCGAAUAUAAGCCUGCGACAUAUGAUUGGAGUCAGGAAGCCGAAACCCCUAACAUAAAACUGAUGCAUUAUGUAGCACAUUUCAGCCAAAUCAUUCUUCAGGUGCUGAGGGUUCGUCCUCGGCUUCCCUGCCAAAACAACACCUACUCAACCCUGAUCAACCAGCUCAAGCCUACAAUGAACAUUCUACUAUGCCGUAGGCAACAAGAGACCCAGACAUACUGUGUGAGAGUAUCACUAAUUGAAUAUAGCCUUUUACAACCAAGGGAAGAAUUAGCAGGCACGGAUCUCAAACUUGCCGGCGAACUAUAUAUCCAAUGGUGCCAUGACCAGCCGAUGUCGCUCUUUAGAAAGGACAAGUUCCUCGCCACCUUUGGAUCUCGUGACCAAGAACUUCAAUUAGCAAUUAGCGUCCUCGCAGCUCGAUUCCCACCUGGGGAUUUCAAGGCCGAAAAGCGACAGGAAGCGGCCUCAGCAGUGAGAUUAUGCCGGAAACUAGUUACAGAUCGGAUAGCCAAUGGGAAGGUUAGAUUGUCUACGUUACAAUGUCUGUGCAUUCUUGGUAUGGUUGGCUUCGCAGAUGGUGAUUCGACUCAGGCUGGACUCGAUCUUACCACGGCCACGUAUCUCAAGGAUGCCCUCCCUCUAGGGUCAUCAUUGGGUAAUCCAGAAGAAUACCAAUUAUGUGUCCAUAGUAUCUCAACCUUGCAGUAUCUUCAAGGCCGUAUCCCGGACUUGGACAAAUCCGUUCCUGGAGGUACCUUUCUUCAACUUUCGAAUAAAUCUCAGGACCAUGAGAAGGCCCAUAUUGCGCAAGAGAUGAGCGCGGACGAAGAGUUUUACCAAGGAAUUUUGCAGUACAAGGCACAAGCAGCUGAGAUCUGGCAUAUGGUCAGGGCCUACGCAGCCGCCCGCGUCAGAGCAGACAGUCUCCCCCCUUGGAGCCCGCAGUCCGAUUAUUCACUGGUUAUGUUGCGCAAUCUUGAGUUUGAGUGUCGGUUCCCGUUGAAGUAUCGGUACGCCACUAGCAACUUCGGUGGCAUGAGCUCUGAGGCCCUGAACUUGCGAAGAGAUUACUGGGCAUCAUUUUUCAUGACUCACUUUAUACAUGAGACCAUUUAUAUACUGCUCAACCACCCGUUUCUGCUGUCGCUACGGCUGAGAAACUUCCGACACAUGCUGCCGCUCACCUUCAUACAUAAUUCAUUUGAACAUUUAUCCAGAGAGACAGGUUGGGUUAUCUUCUUCCUGAAUGUUCUUGAGAAACAAAAGUUACAGCUUAAUGACCCAGUGAUCGCGCAUUGUGUAGUCAUUGUGGCAACGGUUCACCUUCAACAUAGCUUCGUUGAAGACAAUGUUCUCAGGAGCAAGGCACAGAGCGGAUACGAGACUUGUUUACGGUUUUUGAAACAGGCAUCGUUAGUGUGGCCUCGCAUUAUGCGCAUGACCGAGAAGUUACAGCAACUGCGGGACAGCGUUGCGAUCGACACAACUAUAGGAACCGAACAGCCGGUGAAUACCCAUCAAUCUUGGUCAAUUAAUGCGAACCUAUUAUGGGAGCUUUUGAUUUACGAGAAAGCUGGUUCCCUUGACCCGGAAAUAUCUAUGUUUGACGAUACCAUUACAAUAGAUGACGGGCAGCAGCAAGAUAUAACCGAAUGUGCUACGGUUGGAUCCGCCGGUCUAUUCGGGCACAGAGCAGCAAGAAAGGAACACUUCGCUUAUCCACCGCAAGAGGGCAAUAAUGUAUUGCAUUCCACACCUACGACAAUAGGUGAGAUAGACGGAGCUGGCUUUGUAACUGAGCAACCCUUCACGGGACUCGGGGAUUUGAAUAUGGUAGACCAGCAAGAUUGUUUCCCUUUGCAAGCCGAAGAUUUUGGGAAGGCGAUAAAUGACUGGAUAAGCUUUGAUAUGCCAGACAUCUCUUAG